CUCAUCACACCUGAUCUCCCUCUUUUAUUUCAAGUAUUUUUCUUUUCUGCCGUCUCCAUGAAAGCAGGAGUAAGCGUUGUGUGCUAGAGGAAGGUGACCGCCAGAGGCUCAUAAGCACAUUUGCCGCACGGGCCAUCACUGCCCACAAGCAGUCCAGUGCCAAUGGGAUCCUCCUCAACAAUAUGCCCAAGUCCGAGAGCAACAUCACAUUAUUCUCGGACGAGAACCCCCUAACCACCAAGAACCCCCUGUUUGACGAAGGCACGGGCACGCUCAGCAGCCCAGAGACCCUGGGGAAGCACCAGAGGAGGAUGGACCUCCUGGGGGCCUACUCCCCUCCUCAGGCCCCUCGAGGCCUGAGACACUCCUUCCUGAGAUUCAACUCUGGUGGCUCGGGCCACUCCUGGACCCUACCUUCCAGACUCCACAGGAAGGAGAUGUAUGAUGCUCUGAGGAGACAGGUGGUGAUGGACCCAGUGCAAUGGGAGCUGGAGAUUCUGAAGACUGAGCUGAAGGACAGUAAGGACAUGCUGGACGGCCUGGACUGGGGAAACCUGGGGCGCGGCACCUACAUGGAGCCCAAGCCCCUGUCGGUGAAGGAGCAGGCCAGGCAGUUUGAGCAGCAGGCCAUGAGGGAGAUGAAGCAGAGGCAGAGUCGGGACUCCCGGGGGUCUCUCUCUCCAGACUUCCUGAUGGGGUUGGGGUUCGACAGCCCCCAGCACCGGGCCAGAGAGGACCGACAGUCUCUGGGCUCCAUCCUGGGUAGCGACAGCCCCCAGCGCCACCGCCACUCUGUGAGCUCCAUCCUGGGUAGAGAGGAACGCCACCUGGGCCAAGACAGAGAGGGCCCACCCUGCAUCAUUAUCACCCAGAGCGAUGGAACUCCACCCCCCACCCACAAGCCCACUCCACCUGUCCGGCGCAGGUUCAGCUCCAGCUUCUCCAGCUACAACUCAGCCUCCGCCGAACCCUACGAGGUCAACCUGGAGGUCAUCCCUGACCCCCCUGACGUGCCCCCUCCACCCCCACCCAACUCCCCUCUUCCCCCCUCCACGCCUCCUCCUCCCACCUCCCAUCCGUCCCCCCCACUUAACUACGGCAAAAACCCUGCCCCGCCCCCUCCUCCGCCUCUCCCUCCUCCUCUGUCCCCUUCCCUCAAUCGUCCAUCUACGUUUGUGCUCCCCCCACUGCCCGCUGUGACCACCCUGAGACCCGUGUCCCUGCGCCCUCCCCCGCCGCCCCUCCCCACCGAUCCCCAGCCCCCCAGGAAGGAGUUGAAGGGGAUCCUGAAGAACAUACAGAACAUCGCCGACAUCGAGAAAUCUGUCGCUAAUAUGUACAGUCAAAUAGACAAAAAACAGAUGCUUCCACGGAGCGCCCUGAGGCCACGAGGGUCUGUGGAUUCCAUGGACUCUUUAAAUGGCAUACUAGACACUGCAGAGAUUGUAGCCCCCACCAUACCAGAGGUACAGGCAGAGGCUCUGGUUGCAGAACAGCCACAUCAGGUGCAGGUCCAACCAAACGUUAACAUGAACUCUAUAGUGGAAGAGCUGGAGAAACGCUUCCCUUCUCAGUCCACUGCAAUGUGACUCUCUCUUUCUUCUCUCUCUUUCUUUCUUCUCUUUCUUUCUUCAUUGACUGUUUCUUCAUUUUUUUGUUCAUUUUGAAAUUCCAUUCUUUAUCUUUGUUUUCAUUUGUGUUCUUUCUUUGUUUGUGUGUCAUCUAUGUAUUUUUUUUCAAGGGAGUUGUUCUCGAUCAGACAUCAAUAUUUAUUUAUUGAUAUACGUAUUGUUAGUGAUGUUUUGUUGUUUUGCCUAUAGUUAGCCUAUAACUGUUUAAAUCUAUGGUCACCUAAAGAUUAAAGAGUCUAGAGAAUUCUACCCAUCAGUCUCAUAAAAAGGAAAAAUCAUAUUCAUUGCACUCAAGUCAUUUUAACCAUUUUGAGUCUCAUGGUCAAAAUCCCAAAAUGAGAAUUUUCCCAACCUGAAAGAUAUAUAACAAAAGUGCUCCAGUACAU